GCCUGCGUUCUUUCUGCGGAGCACUGAGCCCGCGAGGACUACAAAACCCAGAGCGCAUUUCGCCGCAAUAGGAAUUAAAACCAUACCGGGCAACGGGGCUACAAUCUGUCUUUAGUGGCGAGAUAAGCUUAGAAGCUUAGUAAAAGCGGCCGUUUUCAGAAUAACCUUGCCAAAACAAAUUCGGGCUAAGUGGCUAGUCCACAUGAUAUUUGCAACCUUGGCAGCGAAUCGCAAACGCUGCCUUUUAAUUUCUGCACUAGGCUUUUGGAGGACGCCUUGGGAAGCUACAAUCAACCACGAAAGUCAUCCUCAUCCUUUCCUACCUGGCAGGAUUGUUUUUCCGCCUUUCAGCAAGGCUUUUGGUUCACCCAUUUUUCCCCCCGCAAAACAAGGUCUCUUUUCUCGGAAAAACAUGAGCGAAGGUGGCAAACCACAACCGGCAGCUACGGACAAGGAAGAAUUUGUCCAUUUCUUCCCCCAGAUCGUCCGAGACCUGUUGGAAAACGAACUUCACGUCCCUGAAGUGGCCGAUGCCGUCACCAGGCUGAAAAGGGUGAUCGAAUAUAAUGCCGUUGGUGGGAAAUACAACCGCGGGCUAACCGUGGUGGCUGCUCUUCGGGAACUAGCCAAACCAGACCAGCCGGACCCGAAGACUUUCCGCAUUGCCCUCGUUGUGGGCUGGUGUGUUGAACUGCUCCAGGCAUUUUUUUUAAUUACGGAUGAUAUUAUGGACUCUUCUUUGACCCGCCGCGGCCGGCCUUGCUGGUACAGACAGGAAGGGAUCGGCCUGGACGCCAUCAACGAUGCCUUCCUUGUGGAAUCCAGCGUUUACCAGCUGUUGAGGCGACACUGUCGUGAGCAGCCCUACUAUCUGAAUCUAAUGGAGCUUUUCCUCCAGUCGACCUACCAGACCGAGCUGGGCCAGACCUUGGACCUGUUUCAGAUCAAUCUGGAUUCCUUCACGGAAGAAAGGUACAAAGCAAUUGUGAAGCACAAAACGGCAUAUUAUUCCUUUUAUUUACCGGUGGCGGCUGCGAUGUAUAUGGCUGGCAUCGACAGUGAGGAAGAGCACGCUCAUGCCAAGGCCAUCCUUGUCCAGAUGGGGGAAUUUUUUCAAAUCCAGGAUGAUUUCCUCGACAAUUUUGGGGACCCCAAAGUGACCGGCAAGAUAGGAACAGAUAUUCAGGAUAAUAAAUGCAGCUGGUUGGUGGUUCAGAGCCUCAAACUGGCAUCUCCGGAGCAGAGAAAGAUUUUGGAGGAGAAUUACGGCCAAAAGGAAGCGGAGAAAAUUAAUCGUGUGAAGGCUCUUUAUGAGGAACAGGAUCUAAAAGCCGUUUAUAAAAACUACGAAGAAAACAGCUACCAACACAUCAUGGCUUUAAUUGCCCAGCACGCCAUCCAUUUGCCCGGCCAGAUCUUCCUUGAUUUGGCCAACAAAAUCUACAAGAGACAGAAAUAAUUUUUCCAAAGAAAUCUGAAUUUAUUUUUUUUGUAAAAGCUGGGACUAGCGAUAAAAAAACAACAUUUCUUAGACCGGUUGUGAGCUAAUUCAGGAACGGCAGCAGGAACAGGGGAGGGGGAAAAAAGGAAUAUUUUCCUUCGGUUACCCUCUCAAUGGGAUUUUAUUUUAUUUUUCGAUAGGUGUGUUACUUAGGAAGACUUGGUAGAUUUCAUUUUGCUUCAGCGGAGGAAAAUCCAGCCGUAUUUCUAAGGGAUGCAGGCUGCUUUUUCCCCCCAUUUUUUUUUCAUCCUUCCCUAACCUCAAAUGGGGCUGUGGAUCCUUGCCACUAAAGUCGCAGUUGGGGGUGAUUGGAAUUGUACUCCAGGGAUUUUUAGGACGAGAUGCUGCUGGGAUAUUAAUGGUGCCAGUUUUCGAUGCCGGAUGAGACUCACCAUCCAUUAUUAAGAUGAUGCUGUGAGAUCUUUGAAGGGCUGCUUGGAAGACUUUGUACCAAUAAAUUAUUUCAAAUCGGA